GCUCUGGGAGGAGAGAAGUGGCAGUCCACACCAUGCUUGGCUGGCAACCCGCUGCCCCCUCGCCCUGCGGACCCUGAAACGCCGGCCCCCUCCUAGGACUGCGGAGCCCUGAGCUGCCCCCUUUUUUGGCGCAUGCCCGGACAGGAGUGCUGGAUUAUGUUCGUCGCCUUCUCCCUCUGCUCCAUCAUUUGGCUGAAUCGUGGCUUUAAGUUACGGAAAAGGGGCUGCCCUUCGGCGCGCGGGAGCGUGAGCGUGCACGGGGCCGUCCUUAGCCGUUGAACGCACACAGCAUGGUGCAGGGGGAGAGCAGCGCCUGAGCCCAGCUGUCCCCUCCCCCUCACUGGUCCCGAGCAGCUGGCCCCGGCUCCAGCGGCCCCGUGCGGCAGAGAAGAUGGGCAGCACCGAGGGCUUCCAGUACCGCGCGCUCUACCCGUACCGCAAAGAGCGUGAGGAGGACAUUGACCUGCUGCCCGGGGAUAUCCUGGUGGUGAGCAAAGGGACCCUGCAGACCCUGGGCUUCAAGGAGGGAGACGAGCAGACGCCCCACCAGAUCGGGUGGAUCCUGGGCACCAAUGAACGGACCAGGCAGAAAGGGGAUUUCCCCGGCACCUAUGUGGAAUACGUUGGGCCCGUGAAAAUCAACCUCCCUUCCCACAGACCCAGGGUGCAGAGACCCUUGCCGGCUACUCCGGGGGUCAGUACAUCCCGCAUGCGGGAGGCGCCGGAGCAAGGGGGGCUCCUCCCGGAUCUGGCAGAGCAGUUCACCCCUCCUGAAAUGGCCCCCCCGCUCCUGCUGAGGCUGGUGGAUGCCAUUGAGAAGAAAGGCCUAGACAGCGAGAUGCUGUACAGGACGUCUGGUUCGGAGCUGAGGCAAGCGCUGAAGACUGAUUGGGUGCUGGGCGACGUGGAGCCGUUCGACGUACAUUCCCUGGGCGAGGCGCUGCGGGGCUUCCUGCAGGAUCUGCCUGCUCCCGUGGUCCCGGCGUCUGUGCAUGGCGAGAUCUUGCGUAUCCUGCAGGAGAUCCCGCAGCCUGAGAACUGCCGGAAGCAGCUGCUGCUGGUGCUGGAGUCUCCUGCGGUGCCUCCCCAGAACCUGCUCACCCUGCAGUUCCUGCUCCGCCACCUGGGGAAGGUGUCCCAGCAGGCAGAGAGCAACGGCCUCCACCCUCAGGCCCUGGGCGAGAUCUUCGGCCCUCUGCUGCUCCGGCUGCCUGGCGCCAGGUAUGUGGGCUGGGGGGUUGAGAGCAAGACGCAGCCAGCGGUGCCCUUCCCCGGGGGGGGGCCUGUACCUGACCCCCUGCCUGGCAAGGGACCCCGGACCUUGUCACAUCACACCCAGACCAUGCUGCCUCCUGCAAAGAGAGACCCUGAUUUACCUGCCGCUCCUCUCCAGUGGGGCUGUGAGCAAGGGGGUGCAAACCCCAAACUGUGCCAGCCACUAGCUCCCUGCCCCCCGCCUCUGGCAGCUCCACCUCGCAGCAGAACGCUCGCGUGCCCCCAGAGUGGAGAGCUGGGGCCGCAGCUCAUUCACCAUUACCGGCACGAGUCGCUGGCCCAGUACAACGCCAAGCUGGACAGCAAGCUGCUCUACCCCGUCUCCAAGUACCAGCAGGAGCUGCAGAUGAAAAGGACGGCGAUCGAGGCCUUCAACGAAACCAUCAAGAUCUUCGAGGAGCAGUGCCAGACGCAGGAGAGGUGCAGCAAGGAGUACAUCGAGCGCUUCCGGCGGGAGGGCAACGAGAAGGAGCAAGCCAGCUGCCCCCCGGUCCUUCCCCCUCCCCCGUCCAGCUGCUCCCCCUUUUUCCCCCCUUCCCUGUCCGCUGACCAGCUCCGGCUCCCCUUUGGCUCCAGCAUUUGGGCCCCGGCUCCUCUCCCCAGCACAUCUGACCCAGGUAACGGCUGUGCCCUCCCCCCUCCCAAGUCCCGCAUCACGGAGAUUCACGACAGCAAGACGAAGCUGGAGCAGGACCUGAAGAAACAGGCCGCGGAGAACCGGGAGAUCGACAAGCGCAUGAACAGCCUCAAGCCGGACCUGAUGCAGCUGCGCAAGCUCCGGGACCAGUACCUGGUGUGGCUGACGCAGAAAGGGGCCCGGCAGAAGAAAAUCAACGAAUGGCUGGGCAUUAAGAACGAGACGGAGGACCAGUACUCCAUGAUGGACGACGACGCCGGCGACGGGGCCCUGCCGCACCACGAGGAGCGCACCUGGUACGUGGGGAAGAUCAACCGCCUGCAGGCGGAGGAGAUGCUGAGCGGCAAGCACGACGGCACCUUCCUGAUCCGCGAGAGCAGCCAGAAGGGCUGCUACGCCUGCUCCGUGGUGUGAGUGUCCCCCCCCCGCGGGG